AUGUUGAUUGAUGAUGAGAGUAAUAAUAAAGAAGAUAUUAACAUCCGUGAAUUAAAAAAGGAAAAGAAGGUUAAGAAUAAUAAAAAAGUUAAGAAAGGGGAAAGUUUAGAAGAUCAAGCUAAUAAACUUAUAAGUCUAAUGAGAAAUUAUUAUGAAAAUGAUAUAAGAAUGCUUAGAUCAAAUAUAAGGGGAGAGCUUUUAAGAAUUAAACAUGUAAAUGAUAUAACUUCUAAGAUGUUUAAUAUAAAUUUACAAGAAAUCUUACUACAAAAAAAUGUUUUAUAUGAAAUAAAGUUAUGGUUAGAACCGUUACCAGAUAAAUCACUUCCAAAUAUCAAAAUAAAAAAACAGUUACUUGAAUUACUUAACGGAAUGAAUUUAAUAACUAAAAAUGAUCUAUUAAAAUCAGAUAUAGGAAAGAUAGUUAAUUUCUAUGCACAAAACAUGAAAGAGAGUUAUGAAGUUAGAAGUCUUGCAAGUAGUAUCAUUAAAAAAUGGAAACUUGUAGUGAUUAAGGAAGAAAGAAGUUAA